GACGGGGGAGCUGAGGGAGGGGGCCGCCCAGCCCGCUCUGGGCCCUCCUUGCUGGUCCACUCCGACACGGCGUCCUGCUGCCUGGGAGCGGGGAGGCCGACUUGAGGACAUCUCUGUGACCAGACUAGAAACCUCCUGUCCCAAGCACCUUCCCCAGGAUGGACACGGGGUCCAGCUCCCGGCCCUGCUUUCUACUCCAUCUAUGGCUCCUCCUGGUGCUGCUGGCUGGGGGUGAGGCCAGCACAGACUGCUAUGGGAUCCCUGGAAUGCCAGGCCUGCCUGGGGCACCAGGGAAGGAUGGGCAUGAUGGGCUGCCAGGGCCCAAGGGGGAGCCAGGAAUCCCAGCUAUCCCUGGGACAAGAGGACCCAAGGGUCAGAAGGGAGAACCCGGCACACCUGGCCAUCCUGGGAAAAAUGGCCCCAUGGGGGCCUCUGGGAUUCCGGGGGUUCCUGGCCUCAUGGGACCCCCUGGGGAGCCGGGUGAGGAAGGCAGAUACAAACAGAAGCACCAGUCAGUGUUCACGGUCACACGGCAGACGCUCCAGUUCCCGACAGCCAACAGCCUGGUCAAGUUCAACAUGGUCACCACCAACCCACAGGGAGAUUAUGACACAAGCACCGGCAAGUUCACCUGUAGAGUCCCUGGCCUCUACUACUUUGUGUACCACGCCUCGCAGACGGCCAACCUGUGCGUGCAGCUGUACCACAGGGACGUCAAGGUGACCACCUUCUGUGACCACCUGACCAACAGCAAGCAGGUCAGCUCAGGCGGUGUGCUGCUGCGGCUGCGGGUGGGCGAGCAGGUGUGGCUGGCAGUCAACGACUACAAUGGCAUGGUGGGCACCGAGGGCUCCGACAGCGUCUUCUCCGGCUUCCUGAUCUUUCCUGAGUAGGUCAGGCAGCCUGCUCCAGCCCUGGGGCCACCGCACCUCCCUUGGCUUCUCUGCAAGAACCCAUUGUACCAUAUCCUUGCCCAGACUAUUCUCCCCUUCUGAUGGACUCCUCCUCCAGGAAGCCCAGCCUGUCCAUCUGCCCCAUGAGUUCUCUCCCUCCUCGUUGCUCCUUCAGGAGUCACUGCUUUGACACUUAACCAACACCUUCUGGUACUGUCAUUAGUUCCUUCCAAGUCUUGGAAGAGGCAGGGAGAUAUCUAAAUAAAUAAUUAAACUGUAAA